AUGGUGGAUGGUGGAGGUUGGGAUUUCAAAGCUGUGCCCCUGGGGUAUGGAGCAGUUCUAAAUGGGCCUGGGCCGGGUCACAGGGAGGCAACAGUUCUUGGUGGAGCUUGGCGACUUGACAAGGUGGCCCGGCAUGACCAGCUGAACCGCCUAAAGGUUGAAGAACUGGCUCUCCAAUCAAUAAUCAAUUCUAGAAAAGGGGAUGAGAUGCUGUCGUCUUCUCAGCCUGUCCCAGAACAGUCACAUGAUAUGUUGGUGCAUGUAGACAAUGAAGCAUCAAUUAACCAAACUGCGCUGGAAUUGAGCACAAAGGGCCAUGUGAUGGAAGAAGAGGAAGAGGAAGAAGAAGAAUCAGAUUCCUAAAGGGGGAGGAGAGCCAGAGUUAGU